AUGACGAUGAUCGCGUUAGAAACGGAGCAACCGAGACCGACGGAGGAAAGGGUGCCGAAAAUAGAGGCAUCCAGCUCACAGAGGACCUUAACCCGCUCGAGCGCGAUAAGCCAGAAAUCUGUCGACAUUAUAGUUCACCCGGAGAGUUCCAAUAAUCCUCUGCAUCGAUCGAAGCUGGCGCCCGUGAGGUCGGCGUCAGAUUCGCAAUCGUCGGGCAAGAAAAUAUUGAACUUGCGAAAGACUAAGAACUCGUCGAUCGAGUCGACAAUGAGUUUGCCAAAUCAGAAGUCUUUGGAGAAGAAACACAGUAGUCUUCGCCACCAGAAGUCGAUAGUGGCGCACUCGGACAUCACACUGAGCACGCAGCCCUCCAUGUCCGACGACAGGAAGGCGCUGCGCGAGGCUUUAUAUCAGGGUAUCUUCCAUAGACACAGACGGACGAUUUUCGCCGUCGGCUCGUUCCUUAGGAUGCUAAGAAGCAAAACGUCCAAUUACGACUCCAUUAGAUCGGAAUCAGAUGAGAUUUAGCAGUUAAUUACUAAUUAGUUAGUUUAGCACAUAAUAUAUUAAAUAAUAUACGUUGGUGAUGCGACAGACUGCAAUGCUUUUUAAUGUUAUUCUAUAGUUAUAGUGAAUGAUGUUGUUAGAUUGAUAAUUUGUAACGAUUGUUUUGUAUUAAAAUGUUCCUAAUUAGUU